CUUGUCUCUUCCCAUCUUUUGUUUUCCACUGUUCCCCACUGCUGUCUCUAUCGUGGGACUUCUGCUCACUUCAUCCAGGUGGAAAUCCCGGGGUUGGGCCGGCGCAUCCUCCCGUUACGGAAGAGGACACCCAACCGCUUCAGAGCCAGCCCCCCAGCAACCUACCUACCUUAUCUAGACAGUGAUUAGAGUCAUUUGGCCAAUCUGACUAGACGCUCAUCUGUUUGAUCUCAGCGGUCACAUUCGUUUUUCUUUCUCUUAUCUACUAACGUCCGUCAAAUCAUCGGUCCCGCGUGUUGCCACACUGCAUACUAUGGGUCGUUGCUAGACUAGACCAAACAAGCAAGCGUCCAAACGAGAAUGCCUUCUAUGGUUGAACCUACGGCGAAUUCGCCCCAUGCAGCCGGAGACCCUGGAGCUAAUAAUCCCCUGGGCUUCACGCUGCAUGUCCUGUGUCCUUCGCUCCCUCCUCCUGGCCGAUUCAGCUUCAACAACCUUGCCGCAUCCACCUCCAUCGCGGAGUUGAAGCGCCUCAUCCAGGCGAAAAUCCCCGGAAAUCCCGUCCCGGAAUCGCAGCGCCUGAUUUACAGCGGUAGACCGGUUGUCGAUAUUGGCUUGACCUUGCAGUCGAUUCUGGAGCCAGAGGAGGGUUCACAGCACUCGAUCCACCUCGUCUUGCCCCCGGCCCCUCCACCCAAUCCUCUUGCGGCCACAGGCGCCGAAUCACUGAUCCCGAACGGAGCCUCAUCGGUUCCCCAGACUACCGCGUUGCCCGGCCGUCCCCCGCAGUUUGAACAAGGCUUGCGACUGAGAGGCCAGCAGGCUCCUCUGACCGUCAAUGAGGCCGAGCUGGGACAUGCACUUCGCCGCAACAUUGAGAUCAUACGCGAACAGCUCAACGCAAGAGAAGGAGCGCGACCAAGACCCACUCACCUUUCUCGGGAGCUCGCAAGCCCCGUUUCUCCAGUGCCCUGGCACCAAUGGCACCCACACUCGUUGUCCGCAGCGAAUGCCUCGAACAUGCCGAGACUGGUAAUCUCCGGGACACAUGCGCAGCGCGCUGAACAAGUCAACCGUGUUCUGGCCACCGUCCGGCCUCGCAUAGAGCAGAUGGAAGCAGAGUUCGGGGAAGGACUGAUCCCAUCGCUGGAGACGACUAUCGCUGCCCGUACUCAGCUUCUGGAAUGCCUGGAUGAGCAGACCCAGAAUCCCCUAAUGCCGCGCAAUGGCGAAAUCGAGCAUCUCCUCGAUCGUCUCUCCAUCAUCUACCGUCGUGCCGACACCCUUCGCCUCAGCCGUGGGAGCGGACCAACCGCCACGAACGUGGCCGAACGCAGUCAUGAAAGGGCUCCCGUGUAUCUGUUGACUUCCCCAGACGGGUAUCAAGCGCUCGUGGCGUCCCCGGAAACACAGAUCAUCCCGACGUCGAUGGCCGCCUUCCGCGCAGGACAGAUCCCGCAGCCCACCCCGACCACCACCCCGCUGCCCAACGUGCCGACAGCCAACCCGGACCCCAACCCGAACCCCGCGAACCUGAACCCGAACGCCAUGGUCAUGGAGAAUGCCGUCCGCCAGGCCUUGAUCAACCAGCGGGCCGGAAACAACGACCAGAUGGGCGUGGCACGCUACGUCCGACGCAUGUGGCUGUUCGUCCGUCUGUAUUUCUUCUGCUACAUGCUCAGCGAGCCGGGUACCUGGACACGGGCGAUCUACGUGGCCACGGCCAUCCUGGUCGCGCUAUUAUCCGACACCACCAUUCCCCAACAAGUGUACCGCACCCUGGUCACGCCGUUGCAGGAGCACCUGGAGGGACUGGCCCAUCCUUUAGAAAAUGAACAUCCACCCAACACACACGCGGCUGGUGCGCCGAACGCAGACAACCGGGUUACCAGAAUUGCCGGCGUCAGCCUCGCCGACUUUGUCAGCGGCGUGCGUCGAUUCGAGCGCUCCGCCGCGUUAUUCCUAGCCAGUCUCGUUCCCGGCGUGGGAGAACGGCAGGUAGCAGUCCGCCAGGCAGCGGAAGCUGCUCGGAAUGAAGAGCGCCUCAGGGCAGAAGAGGACGCCCGUCGCCAGGAGGCCGAUUCGAACCGUGAACAAGAGCCCGGGCAGGAACAAAAUCCGGAUGGGGGAAGUCAAUCUGCACCCGGAGCUGAAAACCAUCCUCCGGGAAACGCCCCCAACGACCAUCCACCAGUUGAAGCCGCUCGCGCUGAACCCCACCUACACAAUGAAUAGUUAUGCCCUUUCCCUUCCGCAAUACAUGAUACCCCCUACAAACAUCGAACAAUUGGAUUUCCACCCGCUAGGUCUAUCUCUAGUUUGUUUCAGUUCUAUUUCAAGCUCUACUCUAGACACUCUAGACGGGAGUCAGACUCGGACAUUUGAAAGACGGAGAAGAUUGGAUUAUCCCUAUCUCCUGUUCCACGCUCGCCUUUUUUUUAUUUGCUUCUUUUUUUUUUGUCAUCUUAUUU